AUGGCAAGUAUAGUCAAGAAAAGACUCAUCUUCAAAGCCAAGGAAGGAGCAAUUCCGAAUCCAAUCGAUAUUUUGCUCACAUUCUGCGAUGUCGACGACGUAAAGUUCAAGCGAGAUGGCGCCAAAUUGGUCGCCUGGAAGGUCAUCAAGUUUCCCGCACAGAGAUCAGCUUCUGCCAGAGUGACAUAUCGACGCGAAUUCUGCUUCAUACACCCGCAGGUCAACACAGGGAAUAUCAUUUUUCCUUCCACGAAUAUUCCCCUCAAACUUGGCGAGCAAACCAGCCUCAUCGACGAGACUGGCACUGGUGAUGCCGAAUUUGCGAAAAGCACCAACUUUACCGAUAAAACCUCCAUUCGGGUGGAGAACAAAACGACUGUCAUGCAAGAUAUCGCGGUAGGGAUGAGCCAGGGACAUGCCACUGAACCAGAUAUAAUAUACUGGUACGAAGACGUCGGCGUCGACCAAUUCCGGGUCUUCAAGCCGCUCACCGUCCUAUUCCCUUAUGCGGUUCCGAAUUACGACAAAGGUGUUCUUGCGACGCAAGGUUUGCCAGACAAACCGAUGGACCCUAUCGAUCUCCUGAGCCUCAAACCCGAAACAACAUGGUACUUGACAUACGAAGGCAGCGGCGGAACAUACAAGUUAACAAUGACUGAACCACUGGACGAAGAGGACCGUGAUGCUGGGGAUGGUCGACAGUAG